UAUUGGCAGAAUUAUAGCCUCUCUACAAAUCAAACGGGACUUAUGAGUUCGUAUCAGUUUGUAAAUUCGCUGACGUCGUGUUACAGUCAACCCAGACAGGAUCCGACGGCUCAGGACUAUUACACGCCGCCGGUUCAGGCGUACGGAAACUGUUUUAACGGGCCCUCGUCGCCGGUUCAGCCGCAGCAGUACGGGGCCCCUUAUUCUCAGCAUUUGCAAACACAGAAUGGGGACCCCCAUCAAUUUAGUAGCUGCUCACAGCAGCAGAGACUUGGUCAUUCUAUCAGCAGCCAGAGUCCCCGUACUCCGACUCCCUCCGUGACUCCAGUGCCGAGCUGCAAGUAUGCGGAGCCGCCGACGGUCCACGCCGCUUCACCGCAGGACCUGUCCACGACCAGCAGCAGCUCCCAGCCCCCGGAAAGUCCUGACCCGGGACAGUCCCCGACCCCUACUUCCAAAUCUUCGACAAGUCGGCAUCUCAGCCCAGAUUCUUCACCUCAGGAAUCCAGUCCUCAACAAUCCCCUUCGCCGCAGCAGCAAAAUUCACAGCAGCCUCAGAAAGGCAAUGCUUUCCAAGGCAAUCAACCGCAGAUUUAUCCCUGGAUGAGAAAAGUACACGUUGGUCAAAAUGGUGUCAAUUCUAUGGGAGAAACUAAACGCCAAAGAACAUCUUACACCCGGUAUCAAACCUUGGAGCUGGAGAAAGAAUUCCACUUCAACCGAUAUUUGACCCGUCGACGAAGAAUUGAGAUAGCCCAUGCUCUCUGUCUCAGUGAGAGACAAAUCAAAAUCUGGUUCCAGAACCGGCGCAUGAAGUGGAAGAAAGAACAUAAGAUGGCGUCAACAAUGCCCCCACAAAUACCUCAGGUUAUACCGGAUCACCUCCCACAUCACAUGCAUGGGGAAACCAAAGCGUAACUUCGCAUUUCAUUCUGAUUUGAUAAAGACGAUAACAUGCAUUAAAACAUACGUCACUAAAAGCCAUGUAUAUCAGUCACAGCUUUAGAUCUCGUUCGCACGGACCUGUAAUCAGAAGGCUGACGAGACGCAGACUCCAUUCGUUUCUUCUAUUUAUCAUAGACUAGAAGAGAUGUGACUAUAGAUAUGACACUAAAAAGUAUUUAUCAAUCCCCUCAGUUUAAUUCGCCAUCAAAAACAUGUGUAUUCGUAACGUAUGAAAAACUUUUUGUAUGUUGUAGAAUGCUGGGUAAAAAAUGAGAUGGGUUUCAACGAAGAGAUCUAAGAUUGUGAUGUGCAACUGCUGGCACAUGUGGUCUCCCGAAUGAGGUAACUAAGAUUCCAAACUCAAAUUAUCCUAAAUUGCUUCGUCUUUGUAAAAGAACCUUUUUAAAGCUGUGGGACAACGUUUCUCUCCUCCUUGUCUAGAAAUGAAAGGCUCGAAAUAGCAAUAUCAAGUGUUCAGCCUGAUAAUAACUUGUUUCAAAAUGGAUAAGGUGUAAAAUAUUAUUUUAAUCUCUUUACCAAAACUGGUAGGAUAACAUAAAAUGCUGUUUUAAACUAGCAAUUUUAUGGAGGCCUCCAAAUAGGCCAAGAAGAUGAAGAUAAAUUGCGAUUAAAGCGUUCUGAAGAUUGCCAUGGUUUGCAUUGUGAAAGUCCCACAGAAAUUCGAGUCGUGUGCGCAUAUCGAUAGAUAUAUAGCUAGAGCAAGGGAGGGGACGGCGGCACCAUCCAGCAUUAGAAAACACUGAAGACGGGCUCCGGAUGGAACUUUUUUCAACUUUCGUUGCCAUGACAACACACAAUGUACAAAAACAGAAUAAAAAUAAAACUGGAAAAAGGAAAAGAAGAGAAAAGAAUAUCGACACGAAGUCAUUACUCAAUGUCGAUCAAAAACUGUCGUCCCCUUCACUAAGCUAUGCCAGAGUCGACUUUUUUAUAGCAAUGGCUGCUUACUACGUUAGAGAAUCUCUAUGGACAGCUGACUGGAAGAUAAACUGAUGUACAUAUGGUAUCAAAUGCACGUAAGAAGUUACUUUUACAGGGGACGAAGAUACGAGAAAGUCUUUUCAAAAAUUGUCUCAAUAUAGAGGGGAGGGAAAGUGGUUCAUUCAUAACAUGUUGAGAAACAUAAAUAUAAGUCCAGAAAGGGAAAUUAUUAAUUAAUUAUUACAUAAGCAAAAGUCAGUAGAAAUAUAAUAGCAAAAAUGUGGAAAUCUUAGUUUUCUAUUAUAUGGUAAAAUAUACAACAUAAUUCUUUUUGUUUACUAAUUUUUAUUUGAAGCUAAUUUGAUGUGCAUGGAAAAAAAUUGUAUAUAACUCAUAAGUUCCAUGCAGAAUUUCAGCGCAAUAGAAUUAAUUAAAUCAAAAAUGUGAGCAAUUUUCAUUUGAAAUACUGUUAUUUUAUUAUUAUUAUUAUUAUUAUUAUUUAUUUUUCAGAUGAAAUGAACAGAUUGCAGUUGAAUAAUUUAUUGCGGAAAAUUAAGUUUAAAAUCAUAUUUAAAACAAUAUAGUUCAAAUUUAUACCUAUACAAAUCUAAUUAUUAACUCCCUAUCCCUUGUAGGAAUAGACCAGUUUGUUAAACCAGAUUGCUCAAUGAAAGCUAGAGUAAUGGAGUUGGAAGAUUUAAAUAUUCCUACACUUUUUUUAUCUCGAUACAUUUGCCGCCUUCAUGUGGGUACAUUUGCACGAUAUUAAAGAAACCUUAAACCUUAACCUUAUGUUGAUAAUAUAGUACUAUAGACAAAACGUCCCAUUAUUUAUGAGGCAUAUUUGCAUUACCAUGAAUUAUCAGCAUGAAAGAAAGCAUACUUUUAUAAUCUAAACAUACGUAGGUACAAUCAAGAUAGCUCGUUUUAACUAGUUAGCAUUUCUGUAAUGAUUCAAUAUUUCUUAAUUUUCAUCAUUGAACCAGGCUUAGUACAACAAAAUUUGCUGCAGAAGCCAGUCGCUUCUUAACCCAAAAGGCCGGAAUAAGUACAAAUACCUUCAGUUUAAACUGAAUAUUCAUAACACAGCAAGAAAUAUUUUAGUUGCUCUACCUAACAUGAUACUUUUAUUCCUUAAUCAUCUUUUCCAAAAUCUUAUACGUAAAGUAUUUGAAACGAUAAUAAGAGGAAAAUCAGUUUGAAGUUAGAAUAUAAAGGGGAAGGAUGUGAUUUUUUUCCCUUUUAAAAGAGCUUGAAAACUCUUCUUCUAUUUUCCCGCUUUUUUUGUGCAUCUUGAGCGAACGAUGAAUUCACUCAGAGAAUUUCCCAGACUUCUGCAUGACUAGUCACCUGAUAUUUGCGCUGAUCUUGCAUUUUGGGCUUGGUUGAACAGUGCUACAUUUCUUCGAAGCAGUUUCUGUAUUCUCUUUUUUUCUUCCUUUAAAUCCCUACCUUUUUUCAAUCGUUUGCCAGAAUAUCUGAAAUUCUCAAACUUUGCAUCAAGAAAAGAGCUGCUAGAGUUAUUUUUCAAUUUCCCCGGCAUUUUUCUCCAUUAUUUGAACAAAAUGCAACGGAUAAAUGCAUAGAGUUAGAUGAUUUUUUGUAAAAAACAUAUCAUUCUUCACAAGAGAGUUUCUUUCUGUAAAUGAAAAAGUGCCGAGAAUAAUUAACUUAAAAAGAGUGAUGGAAUAAUAAAAGUAUUAUCCAUAUAUAUAUAUAUACAUAUAUAUAUAUAUACAUAGCUCUCCGAUAAUUAUGUAAAAUAUACGCUUAACAAUUCAAUCUUUCUAAAAUUGAAAACAAAAUUUACAGUACCUAUCUUUCGCAAAGAAAAAAUUAUCUAUUUGUAUUUCCAAAUAUCUUUCGUAUUUAACACUGUUGUCGAAAUCGCGUAGUUCUGAAUUAAUUAGCGAGUCUUGACUAGGUCUUUGAACGUAAUUACAUUUUGAUCACUCCGUCUUUCGAUGAAUGAAGGUUAUUUAUCGUUAUCUGCUAUUUGCAUGGAAUACCAAUCAGUAUUUUCUUCUCAUUCUACAAAAUGAAUUAUGAAGGCUUCCUAUUUCUAUUUGAAACUGAUCAUGAUAUUUUCAUUCCAUUUAGACCUAGUGAUGAUAUUUUCAACCUGUUUUCUUAUAUUUAAACACUGUUUAUAAAUUCAAUAGAAGUUCCAGAGAGUUUAGACUUCCACUAUCAAAAGAAGAUCAUGCAUGCUGCAGCCUUCAGAAAUAAUUUAUAUUAGUGAAUCUCAAAUAAAGGAAUGGAUAAGAUACAAAAAUUUACUUUUUUCUUUUCUAAACAGGACUAAAUGCUUCUUAAUGAUGUAGAAAAAACUUUAGAUGUAUUCAUUUAUUCGCCAUUAAACACUAAUGUAUCGAGAAAGGACAGUAUACUAAACAGAAUGAUCUGCAAAACAUCAUCAACUGCAUGCGGCAAAAUGUAAAAUAAAGGGUUACGAAGAAUCUUGAUCUUCAAAUUACGUAUUUUUUAUUUCUCUGGCAGUUUUUUGUAUUAACAAAUGCCCCAGGUAUUCCGUUGAAAACACAAGUUAAAUGUAAUGAAGGUAAUAAUACUUUUCGAGCCUUGAGUGUUUUUAGUAAGGGAAAGCUGUGCUUUGCGGAACUAAUCACGCAUUUGAAUUGUAUUUAUAUCUUAACACAUUCUUACUAUCUUAAGAUGAAAUAACAGUAGAAUAGUCUUAAGAAUUUAAACUAUUAUUCCAGCUUUAUAUCACAUUUUAUAGAAAAUUGCUUCAUUGAAAUUUUGUCAAAAAUCAGAGAAGAUUCUUAAAACUUUCAGUUAUUUUCUAAUAACCUUUCUAUUAAAUCUCUAGUAAAUAUAGCAUUUUUCGUGUAAUAUUAAGUAUCAUUCAUCAAGUUUCAUGUGAGAAUUGUCUUUUGCUUUCUUUAAAAAUUUUCCAUUAGCAUUUUACUAAUGAGCAUGUGAGUUGGCCGUUUCUGAAACUGAACUGAGGUACUUAAUAUGCAGUGCGCCUAUAAGUCAGGAAUCUUUAAAACGAUCAUUUUGCGUUCUUUAAUAACAUAUUCCAGCCAUAUAAAUUAAUUCAGCUAAUAAAGGCAAAAGAGUCUGAUUUUUGUUUCUUUACAAUACAAUAUUAAAUAGCACAUGUGAGCAGUUUUAGGAUUCUAGAUUUAUAGGGUACCAUGUGAACCCCAUAAAUCUCAUAUUUUCCUGAUAAAUUCCUUCAAAAGGUUGAGACGAAUUUCAAAAUUAAACCCAGCAAUAGGAGGAACGUAUCCGUUAAAUAAAAAUUUCUUCUGAAAGAUAGUGUUAAAAAAUCUUUCAAUUAAUUAAAUUAAAUCUAAUGACAUUUUAAAGCUGAAUACUACCAAAUUCACGUCACAGGAUUUGAGUGUGUCAAGAUAAGUUAAAUCAUGAUAGACAAUAUUUUUCGUCCGGAAUCUAUUUUAAGAAAGAAUCGGUUACCAUUAAGUCUUAGCGUAGAGCAGUGUCCUUCAAUCUUUUGGAUCGUUCCUUUCCAUACAACCUAAAAAUUCUCAUGUAUUCCAUGACAGGAAACAAAUGACAAGUUUAAAUUUUUUUAUAAUUGUCUGGGAAAUUAUUGAAGAUGCCUUGAAUCUUCUGGAAUGACAAACUAGUAGUAAAAUACUCCAAACGUGAUAAAGUUGCUCAAAGAAUUUUAUUUUUUUAUUUCACAUUGGGAAUCAUUUUGAUUAAAAAAAAAGUGAAACGAAAACAUAAUUUUAGUAAAAAAUGUUUUUUUUUUCGUAUUAUUUCAAAAUGAAAUCUUACUGGUGGGCUAAGGUCACUAUGGACUUGCAAUUCCGCUAAUGCACUAAAUAGCAGAAUAGAAUAACACUUAUGCAACAUUUUUUUUUUUUUUUUUUUUUUUUUUUUUGCCCAAAGUAGGAAAAAUUAGCAGAAAAGUAGGAAAAACUAGAAAAAAAUUGGUAUUUUAUAAUUUUUCAAAAAGGUCAUAUGUAUAGGAGAGGAAAAAAGUCAUUUCCAUCACUAUUUAGUCAAAAUAUUUUAACUAUCUAAAGGAAGCCUUAAAAUACAGGAUUUAUACCAAACCGAAUCUAUACCGACACAGAGAUCAUCAUGAUUGUGAUUGACUAAAGAGAAAGCACUCAGGUAAAUGAGGGUAAAAUUAGACUUGACCCAGUGAAAUGAGGUUACGCUUCAUCUCAUUCAUUUUCCCAAUCAGGCUUCCAGGAAUUUAGAUCUUACAAGCGAGUUGAUAGAAUUGGUCUUGUUAAGAGUCCUACUGCAUCCUAUAGCAAGAACUGAAGUUCGACCUCAGUAGCUUAGAGUUUCUUUUAUGCCGUUUUCUUCCAUGUUUAUUACUGUCUCAUAGGCAAUAAAAUUUGACUUACAAAGGCGCAGCUGAUAAAUAUGUGCAUUCUAUUCACUUUUACCCUGUUUAUCUCUAAUAUAUGCUUCGCCUUCUUUACAAGUAUCUAUCAAAAAUUCGUAAUUAAGCUCCCUGCUUGAAUUAGGAAUCAUGAAUUUUACUUUAACAUUUUUUAAAUUAUACGAAAGUCUAUGUACAGUUAAUCUCUGUUGCUUUUCUACAUACUAUGCUUCAUUUAUUUUAAAAUCAACUUUUAGUAAUCGUAUCAUUGCAUUUCUUUACGUAAGUAAUUAUUCGCAUUCCUCUAUGUUCAGUAUAUAACUUGCAUAAAAGUUUGAAAUAAUUUUGAAAUUGCUUUAAACGAUUAUGUAUAAUUUUUACAUUAUCGUAAAUUUAGAAUCACAUUUUCUCAAUUAAAAUGUAAUGGAUUUUGAGCGAUUUUCGAUUUAUUAUGCAUUUGAUAUUUAGUUUCUCUUGUUGCGUUAUUACUAAUCAUUACGGAAAUCGUUGGAAGAAACGAGGUUGUGCAUUUAUUGCUUAAAUUAAAAAAAAAAAAAAAAAAAAAAAAAAAAAAAAAAAAAACUUAUAUUUUGUGCUCGAAGAAUGUAUUGAUUUUCUGUAAGUAAAUCUAUUUUUACAAAUUUGUGAUUCAGUAUGUAAACUGUGAAUUCAGCUGUUAUUAUUUUUUACUCUUUAUUAUUUUAGAACUGACAGCAGUUAUUCGUUAUAAUUUUUCUUAUCGGCCAGAGGAAGAAGACGAAGGUUUGUCUUUUAUUCCAUCCCCGGACUUCCACUUCCCAAGAGAAAGAAAGGAAGAACGCAGGAAGAAAGAAACAAAGCCUCCCCACCUCUGAAAUCAUCGAUUCUCUUGAAAGAGAAAUAAAAACAUCACGUCUGAGAUCUAUAUAUAUAGAAAAUAAAAGAAAGCUUCGUUGCUAAACGGAAAGGAAAGAAGGCGAAAAAACAACAUUAAGUGCAUCAGAGCUUGUGAGCAACACUUUCAUUAGUAAAGCUAACCAAUAAGACAAGUGAGACGUUUUUCACUCAAAGGAAGUGAUAGGAAUGCUCAGGUCACUCAACGAUAAUUCCAGCAAUUCCUACCCUUAGCAGUUUUUCUCCCCCCCCUCACUCUAUGUUUUUUGUCUGUUUCCCGAGGGAGCUUCUUCCUGUCUUUCUCUCGUACAUACUUCAUUUCCUUAUUCGUUUCCUCUCUCAGUUGUUUGAAUGGUAUAUAUCUGUGUCCUAUGUUAAUGCGUUCUUAACGAUCUUGCUUUACGCGAAUUUGAAGCUACCGUAAAAAUUUGGCUAUAAUGGUGUAUCGUCCCUUCAACGAUGGAUUUUAAAUGAAAUUUACUUUUUCUUGGGAAAGAGUUAAGUUUUCACAUGCUGCUAAUUUACUAUGAAGUCCACGGAAGGCAAGUAUAUUCUGUUUACUUCAUCAUCUUAUCUGGCCAUCCAGUACAUAUGAAAUUCAUUUUCAGUCUGCUGUAGGAUCUGGAAAUAAGCAAGUAAUUUAACGUGAGGAGGUUAGACUAUUCAAACUGCAAAAGAGCAUUUUUAUCGACUUGAAUUAACUCAUAUGCUAUCCUUUCAAAUAGACAUGAAAAAUAUUUUUUAAUAAAGUGUUUGAUAUCGAAAAUACUGAGAUUUAUUUUCGAAAAGUCAUAAUUCUCGAAAGCAUGAUUAUCAAAUAUUAGUCUAACGUUAUAGAAGGGGCAGUAAAAUAGUUAGUUAUUAUUUACUAUUAAUAUUAUGUCUUAUUACUAUAGUUCGUGAUUCUUUCAUCCUUUUCUUAUGAAAGAAUCUGUGUUUCAAACGAAGAAAUAACAUAGAGACUUAAAUGUAUAAGGGUGUAUGCAGAAAUUAAGUAAUUAAACUAAACCUUAACUUUUAAACUACUAAUUCAUAAGCCAAUCUGUUUUCAAAUGCGUUAGUUGUCUAUGAAUUCAUUAGAAAGAGAAAUUUGGAAUAUUGUUUUAAAUCAGGUUUAAGCUAGUACUAGAGUAUUUUUACUUACUAAAUUUAAAAACGUGGAGAUGAUUUAUUUUUGUAAAUCAACUGAUGACAUAGUUUCAUCAAAAUGACUAAUUACUUUUGCAGUUGCUUUGAUACUAAAUUAUUCCCUCACCUAAAACUAUUUCUAUAAGUUUGGGAUGCAGUAUGAAUUUAUGCUUUUCCUUCAUUUGUUAAAAUGCGAUAGUUGGCAAGAAAUUCAUUUUUAAUGCAAUCGGAUUUGCGCUUUUAAAAACUAAUAAAGUAGAGGAAGAGUGAACAAUUUAAUUAAUCAUACGUUGUCUUUUUUUUUCCUGUGAUUAUUCUAACCGCAGUAUCAAAAUACAAUGUUUUCUUCUGUAGUAUAAAUAAGUGCUUUGAAACUUAAAAAUAAAAUUCUUCAGAAGAUUUAAAAUUUCAACUAUUUAAUACCGGUCUUUCGAUUUAAACUUCUCAUCUCAAAUAACCCACCAAUUAUCACUGAAGUUCUUGCAUGGAUUGGGCAGAUAUUUGUACAGUGUAAGCGAACUGGAGUAGAACAGACAUUUAUCUUCUUAGCAAAGAAUAGAAAAAGGAAGGAGAGGAAAUAAAUGAAAUAAAAAUGUCAGAGAUUUUGUUUUUUUGAGAAGAUUCGGAGAGCCAAGACUACCGGAGAAAGAAAGGAAGCAGAAAAAGAAAAAGGCUAAGAAGGAGCAAUAAGAAGAGAAAACGGUUUGAACAAUUAAGAACUAGUGGUCAAAGACGAUGAAGAAAGAGGAAAUAAAAUGGAGCAGAGCUUAAGGCUGCCAUCGGGACAAAAAGAGGCAGUUUUUUCUCUUUCGCAUGGUCAGAAUUCGAUGCGUGAAUGUGGGGGAGCUUGACUUAUAGCGUUAAGAAUCUUCCACCAGGAAAGACGAUAAGAUGUAUUUUUCGUGGUUGUUUUUUCGCCGCACGUUAAGAAUCACUCGAAAAAUUUGAUUAGGCUACGAAAGCUGAUUUAGGACGUUUUAGUACUUCUUUUUAAUUAAUUAAAUUUAUGCUUAUUUUUAUAUAUUGUAGUUUAAAAUCCCUUAGAGAACAGAAGCUGUUUUAAGCUUUUUAUUUGCUUCAUCACUAACUUAAAUUUCAUAAGAAUUGGUACAAUUAAUAUGAAAUAGGAUUUCAGUCUAAACUGAAUUUUAUCCAAAUAAGAAAUUUGACUUGGAAUAAAAAGCGAAAAUAUACAAACACGUAAGUUUUUGUACCUCCUAAUUAGUGUAUUUAUAUUUUUUUCUUCUUAAAAUUAGUCAAGUUUCCCGAUCUGAGGUUUUAAACAGAGAUAAAAAAUUCUUCAAUAAAAUUUGGCAAAACUCCACUCAAAAUUCAACAUGGGAAUAUUUCUGCUUUUUAGCUUACCUAAGUCGUGUAUUGGGGGUCUGGAAUAGUAGUUAAUUUGAUUUAAGGAGUUUACUUAAUCUGAAUUUUGUAUUUUAGAAACUCAGUAUGUAGCAAUUUAGGCAUGUCAUGGUGAACUUUUACAUGCUUUCCUUUCAUUUUAAAUUAGCUUUUCAAACAUGUAGACAUUUUAUUAAUACUUACGAGAAAUUAAUGCAAUAAAUCAUUCAAUUUAUAAUCAUAAGCUAAAUUAUUGGAAUUUAUAUACCUUUCCAAGAAAGAUUGAAUGGAAUGAAAAUGAAUGAAAAGCUAAAUACAGCGAUGUUCUUACAGAAUAUACAAAAAAUAUUUAAUUCCCUCUAAGUAAUAAAUUUAUGAAAUAUAAAGUAAAUAAAAUAACAAGAAUUAGUGAAAAUGAUACAGUAAUAUCUACUGUCGCAUUAAUGAAGAAUUUCUGAAAAAUUUGAACAUUAUUGUUCGAUUAACGUCCUGUAAAAUAAAUUCAGUGUGGCAUUAAAAAUACAGUAUGUGGCAUUAAAACAAUAUGGGGCAUUAAAAAUAUGGAGCACUAAAAUAUGUAGCAUAAAACGUACUUAAGGAGUGAAAUUCUUCAGAGCAAAUCAUGUAAUAGCAAAUAUGCUACGGUCUUCAUUUUAUAUUUUAAUGAAAGGUGCAAAGACUACUAUUUUCAAACUUGAAGUUAGUUUCCUCCUUUGAUUAUUACGUUAGCAUUCUUCAAUAUAAUUCAUGAUACUUGCAAGUAUGCUUUGCUUAAUAAAUACAUUAUGUAUUUCAUCAGGCUGAGUCAUUAGAUUCUUUCAGGAUUAUUUAACGCAUUUUAGUCAAUUUUAGAGCUAAUCAACAAAUUAAAAUUUAAAAACAGGGAAUUUCCAUUCGAAGUUAAUGAUGUUUUAACCACAUUACUUUGCAUUAAUUAUCCUUCUUUAUUAAUCACCUCUUUGUUUUUUUAAUUGCUAAAACGAUAGCGUUCAUUAUUUCGGAAGAUGUUUGGUGUAAUUAAAGAUUACUCACUUCCGACUUCUCAAAAAAUCACAAAACAGUGAUUGAUUUCCAAUGAGGGUCAAAUAAAGGCUUAUAGGAUUUUUUUACUGUAUCUUAUUUUCGUUUUCGAGUGAUAACAUUUUCACCAACUAAGGAACUAUUAAUAUUCAGUAACUUUUUAUAUUGGUUAAUUAGGUUUCAGUCAAUCGCAAUGUUUAACGACGAAGAUAAUUAUAAUCGUAACGUUAUUUAUUCUGAAAGGAAUAAAUUUAUUACGUUAACGAACGAAAAUAAAUUUCAGAGCUAUUCAAAUGUUCUUUCAAAAUAAAGUUUUGGUUUAGUUAUAGCGGGUUAGAAUAAACAUAUCUGAAUGAACAUAACGUGACAAUAAAUUAAUUACCAUCUAUUGUAUACGCAUUGUUUCAAAGAGAUAGCAUUAAACGCAUUGUUCUAACGAUGCAACAUCGGGAUGUCAGGAUUUUUUUACAAAAUCUAAAAUAGUUUAUAAUAAUUAAAUACCUUUAUCAAGCUAAUAUACAUCGUAUAAUAUACAACAUUUGCGCCCUCGAGUGCCAGUUUGAUUUGUAUCUUAGGGAAGUGGAUCGUCCAAUUUGUGAUGACUAAUAAACAUUUAGGAUUAUAUCCUGGAACAAUAGGCACUCAAGAUCAUUCAUAAACAUUCUUUUGGGAUUAAUUUUCCAUAAUCUUCCUAUAAAGGUGUCCUAAAUGAGAAAGAAAUAUAAAAAUUCACAUAAAUUCAUAUUUUUGGUCAACAAUAAUUAAUUUUGUAAACCUAGCUGCUAGCAUCAGAGAAAGACCUCAGCUGCCGAAUUCGGCCUGGCGAAUUCAGCUCACCAACUGGCCACUACUAAUGUAUAUAGCUCUAAUUUUAGUGAAUAUUGUGAACACUGAACUAUUAAAACGCGCCUAUUAUCACUUUUAUUACAUUUAUUUUUUAUUAGGAAAUAUUAAUUACAGCUUUCAUUGAGCAUUUUGAGAAAAAUUAUCAAAUGAGGAAUUUUGGGAAUAAUUUAGCUUCUUAAUGCAAGAAAAUGGUAAUCAACGAUUCAAUGGUUUCUUAAUAAAUAUAUAUUAUGAUCUGAUAAGUAUAACUGAUCUGAAAGUUUAUAAAUACCCAUAAUGUUUAAAUUUUAAAUUUGCAUAUCAGUCUCUUGAAACCUCUUUUCUGUAAUACAAAGAAUUAAGAUUAAAAUUUUUUUGUGGGUUACCAUUGUAUUGCUUUGAGAAAGCUUCAUGAAAUGAUAAAAUUAGAAGGAAUUUUAGAACUUGUAAUCUUGAAUUUCGGCAAACUGAAAGGAAAUGAGAAAAAAAUUAAAACCAGAAAAGGGCAUUAAAUUUUUAACAAGUAGAACUUAAUAAAUAAAUUUAGUUACAUUAACACUGAAAACUGCUAGAGACAAAGGUUAUUUUAAAGCCGGGAUAUUAAGUGGCUCAGAAAUUUGACGGCUAUUUCAUAUUUUAAUAUCACAGUGUGACAGUAUAUGAUUAUAUAUAAUAAAUAUUAUUACACAGUUUGUAAAUUAGUUUAAUGCCUUGUUUUCAUUGAAAAUUUCAUUAAAUAUGGCACGUCGAAAAUAAAACAUCUAUUACAAUAAAAGAUGUAACUGCAUUUCUUAAUUGACAAGUUUCUCGAGAGUUAAACAUAUGAAAUUAAAAAUGUGGCUUAAUUUGAGCAAAGGCAUAAAAAUCAUUUACGUUUAUGAAAUAAUUCGCAUAUUCAACGGGAAAGAAUUGUGUACUUGAAUGCUUUUUAUAAUUAAAACUCGGAGUUUUAAAACAUAUUUCUGCUGAUAUUUUCGCUUCAUUGUUCUGUUAUUUUGAGUUUCAGAUUAAAUAUGAAAAUUUGAAACUUAUUUAAUUCAUUUAAACUAUUAUAAUGUUUAUAGAACAUUUAGAGUGCAUUUACGGCACUUUUUCAUUUUACAGAUAACUAGAUAAUGAGUUAAAUUAUCUUCUUACUACACUGUCAUUGUCUAUAUUAUUUAUUUUCAGUCUGUUCAAAUCUUCUUUCAUUAUGUAAAUUUUAAAUACUAUCUAUAAGUAUAGUGUUCUGGUUAUCUUAUAAUUUUAAGCUGCCAACUUGAUUUGAAUUGAGUGUUACUCAUUAAAUCUGAAAAGCUUCUGCGGAAGAAAUGUAUUAGAAACAAACAAACAAACAAAAAUUAGUGCUGUCAUAUUUCUUGCAAUCAUAUUAAAUUUUGCAUUCAAGGAAACUCCCUGUUAAUAGGAGUGAUAUUCGGGAGCUUGUGCAUUAUGACAUUCCUUAAUCUCUUUUUUAAAAUGUGGUAUAUCGUUGCAGUUUGUGAUGUAAUUCUCAUUUGGAAAUAAAGAAAUGUUAAGAUAUUUAAACGCAAAAUAUAUGUUUGUACCACGAAGUAAAGUAUUUAAUUGUCUGUAAAUACAAGGCGCUCAUAUUUACGUAGAUUAGUGUGGAAUAUUAUAUAGGCCUAUUUAUUACCUUUUAGUUUGGGAUUCUUUUACUAUGUGUUUCAUUUGUUGCAGAGAAAGUUUGUAUAUGUAUAGAUCGGUGUAAAUGUAUCAAAUGGAUAUUUUACUAAAUUGGAAUGAAUUUAGUACUGUGGAAAUUGCAAUGUGAAUGACAAUGAGUGAAUUUAUUUGUCUAUUUGAAGCACAAAGUGUCAUGUUGUCCGUGACUUAACUGUAUAAAAUGAGAUGUAUUGGUGCAUUAUAUCAUGUUAAAAAAAGUAAGUAAUCAAAACUGCUUAUAAGGACGUGUAUCAUCUUUUGUACUUACUGUUAGUAAAAAAUGAAAUUUCAAGAGUUUGCAAGUGAGAAGGAUUCCUCAUUUUCUACAUUUGCUAGAGCAUUUUAUAUGAGCCUAUAUUUUAUGUAUCGCAUACCUUCAUUAUCAUUACACUAUUAUUAUGAAUAGUUUCAAGGAAGUAAAUUAGAUAAGAAAAACGUUUUUGUAAACUAUUGUAGGUUCAAAAGAUUUUUUGUAUUGUUCAAGCUAUUCAAAACAUUUGGGAUUUGCCUUUAGUUUAGGAUCAGAUCAGUUUGCUUUCAAGCUGACUGAAUAAUCUUUAAUUUUUUCUAUUAUCUGAUUAUUAUUCAUUGAAUAUUUAAAGACAUAAAUACAAAUAAAGAAUUUUUCGCUGAUAACCACAAAUUUUGAAGUCCGUGUUUCAGGAUGUCAGAGCAAAUUUUCAUUUCAUACUAAAAAUUUUAACUUAUAUUAAUAAAAAUUUCAGUAAAAUAUCUUCAAUUAAAGCAUUUUACAUCAUUUAUAGCUCUAUUAAAAACAAUCUAACUUUAUUUUGAAAGUUUUCAAAAUUUCUCUUUAGAAUUAAAGCAAUAUGAGUAACUUAACACAAGAAAGUGCAAAAGUGGAAUUUACUGAGUAACUGCAGUUGAUUUCACAAAUAUAAGUAAAUAUAAGUUUAAUAAAAUAACUGAUCAAUAAAGAAUAAUUUUUCUAAUAUUAAUACUCGAUAUAUUUCAAAUAUGUGUGGUAACUGAACUAUGCAUCUGAAUGUUCUGAUUUUUGAGCAAGCUUUUUUAAUUUAAAAUCAGUUAAUUUUAUUAAUUUUUUUGCUACUGAAUAUAAGGGAAUGCAGUUUUAGUUUUCAUGAUAUGUAAGAUAUGAUCACUCAAAAUAUAAAUUCUAAUUUCUACAGGUAUAUAUAUAUAUAUAUAUAUAUAUAUAUAUUAUUUUCAGAGUAGUGCACUAUGUAACAAUACAAAUAGUCUAACAUAUUAUCAUUUUGUUUCAAAAUGAAAUGUUUAAAGUGAACUGACUGGACAAAGAAUGAAUCACUGUUUUGUGCAAUACUUGAUGGAAGAACUAUUGAGUGUCACUAAGUGUAAAACGAUAUUUUCAAGAGCAAUGUACUGUAAUUUUUAGCAAACGUCUGGUAAAUAAAUAUUUAAACUAUGAUACCAGCAGUUUUAUAUGUUUAAAUUAGGCAUUAUAAUUUGAACUAUUUGUUUUAAGUUGUGAUUUUAAUUAAACCAGAACUGAUUUUACUUCAUGGAAAAAAUUUGCCUUUUUCCUGGGCCAGUUUUUUCUCUUUCCAAUAUGAUCGGUUUGAAAUUGCAAUUUAUGAUAUAUGUGAAUUAUUUUCAGUCUAGAAAAUCAACAUGUGUACACUGUAUGGAUCUUUAUUGAUAUUCUGUAACUAUCUCUUAAGAAUGGGUAAUCCUUGUGAUGUUUUAUUUCCGGUGUCUGAGUUCCAAUGUUUAUCACAAUCAAUUAUUUAAAUUAUGUAUUCCUAAUAAGGACAGAACUGUAUUUAAGCAAUGCAAUGUAUGUGAUUAGCCAUUAUGAGAGUGUUAACACCAAAGCAGUGUAGAACACUUUAUAUGAUUGGCUAAAGUAAAAUUCAUUGUUAUGCUGAAUAGUGUACUUAUCAUAUGCUUGUAAAUACUGUAAAUGUGUCGGAUCCCAAUCGCCCCGUGAUUGUGUAUGUUCUCCAACUGUGCUUGUACACAGGGACUUCUUUUUGCUUACAUAAUAUGAUGUGGCACAAGGAUUGACGUUGAUUUCUGCUGCUUAAUAAAAGUACAGUGUAAAACA